AUUUUGAGUUUCACAAGCAUUGCGACAGGUGACCGUAAGCAGUUCAGUUCGCUUUGAAGCCUGCCGCGGGUCAGUUGCGUGUCACGGAAAAUCCUUAAGUUAACGGGGAAAAUCCUUAAGCUAGUGGCAAAGUUUUUGGUUUAUUGGAGAGCUGAAAAAGUGUUUUAAAAAUGAAUGAAUUGGAAUUAAGAAAAGUUUGAAACGUGCAACUACAAAAAACAUAUUCUGAAAGAAAUAUUUAAAAAUCUUUUUAGCUAACAGGAAAAGCAAGCGAAGUGAUUAACAAAAAAUAUUUAGAAAAAAAAUAAAUACUGAUAUUUAAUCAUAAAUUCUAGAAAUUUAAUUUAUGUGAAAUUAUAUCAAAGUGAUAUUGAAAUCAAAAUAUAUUUGAGUUUAGUGUUAAUUUUAAGUAACUAAAGUUAAUACCAAUCCUAAACCCAAUACGCACUUCCUUGUCUAAGGACAACACUGAAUAUAAGACACUUAACUCCAAGGAUACUACCAAAUAUAAUCCAUCAAAUGAAAUACCAAGAAGUCCAAGCCAGAACGCAGUAGAAAAGGGCAGAAAAAUGAUGAACAUGAAUCCGCCAACGCACCAGCACCCUCACGUUCCCCAUCCGCAUUCCCAUCUCCAGCCACUGCCGCAUCUUGGCCAGCAUCAGCAAUUGCCCGCCCUGCUUCAAGGCCACCCGACCACCACCCACUUCGUCGAGUGUCGGGCAUUACCAGCAAUCAACGAGACAUUUCCGCAAUUUGGCCAACAUCGUCCGGCUAUAUCGUUGCUCUCCCCCUUGGAUCUUUCACUGCGUGCUGCGGCCAGUGUAGUGCCAAUUACUCCACCGUCGACACCCUCGCCGCCCCGCAAGCGCCAGAGAUUAAUGUCCGAGGAGAAUUACCUGUGGCGCCCGCACAUGGCGAGUCCUGCAGCUCCAGUUGUUUCUUCGGCAGCUCCUUCGAGUCUGGCAAUUCAGCCAGGCAGCAGCUACUUUCAUAAUCAGCAGCAGCAACAUCAUCAGCAACAACAGCCGCAACACCAACAGCAGCAGCAACAUCAACCACACCAGCAACAUCAUCAGCCAUACGCUAUACGCGGCAGCUUUGAGGGAGCUUCCUUUAAUAAAAGUCAUUUUCACGGGACAAAAAAUAACUUUGAGCAAAUUCCGGCGGGUCAAUCGAGCGUUAGCUCGCCCAUCUACGUGGAGGAUGAGACCAUUGUGUUGACCGAGGACGAGGAUGAAACAGUUGUCAGUUCCCAUGACUACAAUGAGUACGCCACGGACACGGAGGAAGUCAACGAGGGCGACGAUGAGACACAGCAGGUUCAAGUCAGCGAUAAUGGAGACGAUGAUGAGGAAGAGGUCUUCGUGGAUGUCCUGGGCAGUGAUGAUGAUGAGGAUGAGGCAGUGGAUCCGGCCACAAGAUUGCUGGCCCAACUAAUGGAGACCACGGCCCUGAAACGAAAUGAACUGCUGUAUGAGGAUGAGGAGCUGCAUAAUCAGGCUGUUGAUGGUCUGGCCAGACUUUUUGACCGGGAUUUUCCAGAGCCAGAAGUGGAGGUUACUGAACUGACGGAUGUCCAGAGCAACAGCGGCAAGACCUACACGGACUUAAGUGGCGUGGCAACGGUACAGAUUAGAGAUACUAGUUCUAACAAUCUCCCACCACCACGACCGCCACCGCCUCCUCCUCCUGGUCCAGCGCCACCCUUACCACCGCCCACUCGACCCCACAAGGCCGAACGUAAGAGGUCAAAGCUAAGGAAACACAUGGCCAUCGAUGAGGAAACCAUAAGUCCAGUCUCGGGCACCAUCAUCCGCAAAUUGCGCGACGACGAGGAGCUGGUGGUCCGCAAAGGCGACAUUGAUCCGGCUUUCAAUGUAGUUGAAAUCACCGAGGAGGCCAAGGCCAUCCUGGCCAGCAUCGACAACAAGAUUGGCGACUACCUAUGCCAGCUUUGUCGCACCGUCUACGACGAUGCCUUCAUGUUGGCCCAGCACCGCUGUCCCCGCAUCGUCCACAUCGAGUACAAGUGCUCCGAAUGCGAGAAGGUCUUUAAUUGCCCGGCCAACUUGGCCUCACAUCGCAGAUGGCAUAAACCCAAAGCGGAUGCAUCUGGGGGUCAAGGUAAUCCCUCUAAGAAGAGGCUAGUGGAGCCCAGUGAUCUUAUCCAGGAGACGGGAAGAGGUGUUGAUGAUGUCAGCGAUGGGAUUUAUCCUUGCCACAUUUGUGGAAAGACUUUCCGACGUCAAGCUUACCUAAAGAAACACCAGGCCUCCCAUCAGAUGUUGGAUAAUCUAAAAAAUUUGGAUUUCUUUAAGGCCCAGCAGCAGCAAUUGGCCAUUAAUGGCCACCAAUUGCCCGAUCAUGUCCAGCUGCAGCAGACACAAGGACAGUCAGUUGCAUCUGCCACACCCUAUGCCUCUCUGCCACGACCACCGCAGGGAAUGCCCAUUUAUCCGCCGCCACCAAAUGGUAAGAACUAUGCGGGAGGACAACGCUUUCCCGGAUUUCCAUUUCAGUCCUUCGACCAGCGACGUUUCUACUCCCUCGGAGAGUUCUAUCUAUCCCAGCACUUGGAGCGCUCUUCAGCUUUCCAAUAUGUGCAGGCCAAUCACCUGAGGCAGCUGUCGAACGUGGCACAAACUUUGAUGCCUCCAAUGCCCGUUAAAUGACCCAAUCCCAAUACGAAUAUCCUAAGGCCUGUGCCGCGCAUUGCUAACACAACAACUGCAACAGGACCUCCGGCGGCAACGACAACAGCCAGACAGGUGGCAACU